GCAGUGGGCGCCCCCUAGACAGAACAUCGAGUCGGUCCAUUCGUAUGUGAUCGACAUGACCUACAACGACGACUUGAACAAGCCAAUCAGGGCCGUGGUGGGCAAGUCCAACACUGAGCACGUGCAGUGCGGCCUUCACCCCUACACCCAGUACCUGGUCUCCCUGAGCAUCAUGAAGGACACUGGUCAGUUUGGCCAGCCGCUCUCUGCCCGCAUGUGGACCGAGGGUUUGACCCCGCCCAAACCCCGAACCCCCAUCAUUGCGAAAUCCACAGCCACCACCAUCACCGUUGAAAUCUACCCGGUCAUGUUCGACUAUGGUCCAGUGACGUCAUACGAGAUACGUCUGUUACAGGUGUACCACAACCACUCGGACAAAAGCCCGCACACCUACGAGAUCAUCACUAAAGACGACGACGUGCCAUUAAGCUUUCUGGACGAGCACCCUCCCAACCAGUCGCCGUUCGGCACGGGGGUGCUGGACAAGGGGACCGCGGGGCUGCCCAACACGGUGGACAAGCAGAACGGUCCACACAUCAGGCCCGCCAAUAAGAGAGACAUCGCCAGUACUAAGAAGGGCAGCACCAAGGGAAACAACUCCAGCCGCCUCCCGUUUAUUGUCUCCCUUCCCCCGCCGGCAGACCGGCACUGCAGCGCCGUGACGUGGUUCAGACGGUGGAAGAUGGCGUGCCGGCUGGGGAUGAACGAGGACUGGGGGAGCAUCUGUCUGGACGGCAGCCGCAUCGACGCCAUCUUCCGGAACAUCUCCACGGUUACCAAGACGACCCCGGUCAAGAGGCAGGCGCGCCGGAGAAGAUCUUUCGGGAACCCGCCGGGUGUCAUGUGGAUUGAGCUGCCCAAUAAGGACGUCAUGGAGGCCACGUACGUGGAGAUCGGCGACGGGAGGAACUACUACGGCAAGAUCAACACACCCCUGGAGCCGGACAGUGAGUACGCCGUCGUGCACGUGGUCAAGAGCUCCGUGGUGGACAUCACCAAACACGCCUACUCGCUGGCCAAGACGACGGUGUUCACGCAGGCGGUGGAGGAACCCUCGUUAACCGACAAAGACCGGCUCUUGAUCAUCAGUGUUGUGGCGCCCGUCUGUCUCCUCUUGUUUUUUAUCCUGGGGUUCUUUGUGAUCAGGCACCUGAUGAACAGGUCGAAGGAAGAGCAGAAGGUCUCUAAAGCUAACACAGAGGCCAGCGACGAAAAAGAUAACGAAGACGAGGAGGACGAUGACGACUCUAACGAUGAUUAUGACAUGCCCCUGCAUAUUGCCGAGUCUGCCGAAAAGAAUGUCCCCCGAAUGGACAAUAAACUUGAGCAAUACUUUAACCCUACAAACGCCAUAGGGGAGCCGAGGUACAUCACCUCAAUGCGAGACAACAUCCUGUACGACGACAGCCACAACAACACCGGCGGCGGCAACAACGACGGCAACAACAGCGCCGUCUGGCCGCGGCGUCAUCAACACGACCGGCGCCAUCUUGGAAUGACGUCAUACGAAGACUGCGUGCCGGGUCACGUGACGAGCGAGACCCGCCCACAUUUAGACACCGAUACCCACAACACCGUGGUCAGUAUCGAUACUGGGGACUCGAGCGAUGAGUGCGACGAGGAAUCGAUUUCCAUCGACAAUUUAAAAUCCCCAGAACAAAAAACCACUCCACAAUCUGGUAUCGGAACACAGAUAUAUGUAUUCGGUUCUGACCAGAUCAAAAGCAAAGCUGACCUACGAGAGAGUAAAAAGAAAAACAAGGAUGACGAUACCAGUCAUCCUUUUAACAUCAACAACAGCAACUACAACAAUCUCAAUGGUUGCAAGAAUCAAGUUUUCCUUGAAGAGAAGGAGAGCAACAUUAAUCAAAAUCAGAAUAACAACACGCAACAUUUCAACAGCGCUGGUCUGGAGACGAAGACGCUGUGUCAUUUUCUUGUAGAGAAGUCAGGGGCCUUUUGUAAAACAACUUCGUUCCCGGAGGUAAAAAUUGACCAACAUGUCUUUGAUAUAACUGAUAUGAACUGGGAAUUUGGCGAGGGCAACAUUGCAGUGACAGAAAACAAGGUGCUAGAGGUGGGGAGAGAAAACAGACAGCAGGCUGGCACUGUCGAAGUAAUGGCGAGCUCGAAAGAUGGGAUUGAUCUUAAAACCGGAAGUGACGUAGAGCAGAUGGAUACCGGAUCUGACGAAGACAAUGUUUCUGGGUGUUCCACGUUGGAUAUUGAGUGUAUCCACCUUGACCAGGUCCAGCCUGAGCUGGCUAAAUGCGCCUGCGGUGGGUUACCGGAUGCGUUUUGCGCGUUUUCAGACAGCCGGCGAUUUAGAUUCGGACAUCGGAAUACUUGGCCUGAGACGCUAGGACCGGAGGAUUCAUUGACGGGGUCAAAUUAUGUAGGACAAGGACAUUUUCCAAUUUCAGAGCAUGCAGGACAUCAUCCAACUUGGCCAGAACGUCUAUCUGUAGGACUAGGACAUAUGUCAUCAAGACAUUCAGGACGUGUGAGUGCGCAGGUAACAGGACAUUCAACAGCUCACCUUCCGUUAGACCCGCCAGUCAGUUUCGCUGUUCUGGAACAGUCUCCAACCAAAGAUAACUCUUCUACCUGCAUGACCUCUGACCCCAGCCAACGCUUCUCCGUGGGUUUAGAGCACCAAGCACCAGAAAUAGACGCCGGAGAUCUUGCCGUAGCAGGCUCAAACACUGUAGGGGCCUGUGGUCAAAACAACUUGUCCUCCUCUACUGAAGCAAGUCGGUCUUUGUCUGAAGUAGACAGACAUGGGCGUGGAAGUCAGACUCUGAGAACUAAACGUAGACCAAGCUACAGACAGAAAGACCGUAAAGACCUUUUGAAGCGUGAUCGUGACUGUUACCAUAGUAACAGGGACAAAUUAUUAAAGAAAACUUUACCUGUCGGUAUUCAGCAAGGGGCUACAGAAGUAAGCAGUGCUAGUCCACCGAACAGACUAUCUUAUCGCAAACACGACGUUGCGAAAAUGGAAACUAUUACAGAAAUAGGUAGUGGUGGUAGAUAUUGCGUUGUAGGGCCUGAAACAGACGACUACCAACAACCAGAGUUGAGCGAGGCUGGUGUUGAAGUCAGUAGACAAAAUCUUACGGAACAGGAGACUGUAAAUAGCGAUAAUGUUCCCCAUCUAUACCGCGGUCAUGGUACCUGUUGCCGUGAGGUGACUUGCUGCCCUGAGGGGGGCUGCCAGCGCGUCGAUGCUGAGCUCAACACGAACAACAGCGGCUGCUUCAAAUGCUGCUGUGCCAGCGACAGCGACGACACCCACAACGAAAGAGUCUUCAUCCAAAACCUGCCCCGGUCGACGGAGAACGUCCAGAGCUCGAAGAAGGUCGUAUCCCAGCAGGACUUCGAGCGCGUCAGCUUCUCCAAGUACUCGGGCAUCAAGGACCACGUCAACGACGAGAACAACAGCUGCGACUCGGCCGAGGGCGACAGCGCGAGAAAGACGUUCAGGGACCAGAACCUGAGCGGCUCGAGCUCCAACGAGAGACUGGGCUCGCUCGGUGUCUUAGACAAGAUGGAGGAGAGCUUGUCGGCUGACGGUGACGUCACGUGUAAACGUCAUGACGUCAACACGAACGAGAGCCGCGGGGGUGGUGGAGGGGUGACGAGCCCAGACAACCCGGAUGUUAAAGAAAAGUCGCCAUCUAUCGGAGGAAAGGAAGUCUCUUUUAAAAAAGAUACAUUCACUGAAAAUAGCUUGCCUCGAAAGGUGAAACGCUUUAGGAAAUCUGUGAAGAAAAAAAAAGCAAUCGAUAGUAAAAAUGAAUGCAAUAAAAGUAGCAAUAAGCCGGAGACAGAUUUCGUGAAACCGGAAACCGUGAACAGAGAGUCAGACAGUAGUUCGGACGAUAGCGAGCCCGCCGAUAGCGAGUCGUCGGAAAGCAGCUCAGAAGAAGAUGCGAACAAAAGCGAGUCGGAGGAAAGUAAAUCGCCCGAAAGCAGCUCCACGUCCAGCGAGUCGGAAGACGACGACGACGAAGAAAAAAAACCGGAAAAAGAGAGUUUGAAACCGGUUGAUCCGGCCUUGGACCCGAUGAUGAACCCGAUGUUUUUCCCCGGGCCGCCGUUCUGGCCACCGAUGAACCCCCCGAUGGUCCCAGCCCCGCAGCCGCCCCCUCGCAAGAAGGGGUGGCUCGACUGGUGCCCUUUCAAGAAGCGGAAGAAACAGUUCCCCCCGCAGAUGGCGCCGCAAAAAGCCGACUCCGAACACUCCGUCAGGUCACCAAGACACUACCGACCCCCACACCAGCCAGUCUACCCCCCGGUGGUAGCCCCCCACGUGCAGACCAGCCCCUACCUCUUCCCCGCCUUCCCCAACCCUUACAUCGGCCAGUGGCAGGGUCCCGUGGGGUACCCCUGCCGGUACCCCGCCUCUAUGAACAUCAACACCUCCAAAAACAGACCCAAGAAGAGAAAGAAAAGACAAAGAAGACAGACUGUCAGCUUCCGGGACGAGUUUCUCAACCUGGAGCGUCACAAGAAGAAACUUCUGGAGACGCUUAAGUUUACCUUCGCUCUCAGGAACCCGGACAAGAACAGGUUCCCUUACAUUCUCCCGCCCGAUCACACCCGGGUUAUUAUCGAGAUGAUGACGCCGGGCGAUACCGACUACUACAACGCCAGCUACAUCGACGUGGACUCGGACAUCUUGUACAUCGCUGCCCAGAGUCCAUUCUCUCCGGCCACUGUGGGCGACUUCUGGAGGAUGAUCUUACAGAACAGGGUGGAGACGAUAGUCAUGUUGUGCGCAUGCGUGGAGGGCGGCAUCAUCAAGUGUGAGCAAUACUGGGCCGACUCGGGAGUCUUUGCGGGCGGGUCGGUGUUGGUGGAGACCAUCAACCAGUCCUGGUAUGCCGAGUUUGUCGUCAGGACGUUGAAACUCAGUGCCUCCAACGUCUGUGAGUCCUACGUGACCCAGUUCCAGUUCUUCACCUGGCCCCUGGACGGGAUGCCGUUUGACUGUUUCCCGCUCCUGGAGCUGCGGUACAAGGUCCGGCGUUUCUAUGGCAACCGGAACACGCCCAUCGUGGUGCACUGUGGGACGGGCGUGGCGCGGACUGCGGUCUACAUCGCCGUGGACCUGUUGAUAGAGCAGUACGGCAACGUUGGGGAGAUGAACGUCCACAAGUUCGUCAAGCGCAUGAGAGAGUCGCGCCCGUUUAUGGUGCGCACACUGAGCCAGUACAAGUUUAUCUACGAGUGUCUUCUGGAGGAGUUUCAGGCGGGGGACACCAUGCUGGGGCUGGACCUCAAGGACAAGUACCUGGCUCUGUGCCAGAGGAACCCGCAGUCUGACGGGACCUACCUAAUGGACCAGUUCAAGAUGCUGUGUCGGUUCACGCCCAAACUCCUCGCCCAGCUGUGUACCGUGGCCCUCUCUAAGGAAAACAAGCAAAGAAACGUUGACCAGCGAAUUGUCCCCCCUGACCUGUUCCUACCUGUCAUAUCGACCAAAAGUGACCCAACCCUCAGCUCGUACAUUAACGCCGUGUUCAUCAACGGCCACCGGCGGAGGAACGAAUUCAUCCUGACCCAAACACCUCUCACCAACACGGUCUUCGAGUUCUGGAAGAUGAUCUACGAUUACCAGGUACAAUCCAUCGUCAUGUUUGGAGACUGCAAUGGCAUGAACCAAGAGAAAUAUUUCCCGACUUCCGGAGGGCGGUACUUCGGUUCCGUCCUGGUAGAGCACGUCAACACGGCCAAGGCGGAGUCGAUCACAGUCCGGAACAUGAAGAUUAGCUGCAUCAACUUCACGGGCAUGGAGAGAAUGGCGCUACGACAUUUUCAGAUUAAGAAAUGGGGCGAGACCCAGAGGUCGUCCAAGGGGUCAGCAGAUAUCGUGGCCAGCAGUAACUAUGACAUGCUGAUGUUGAUGGACCUAGUCAAGGAAUGGCAGACGAUAGCUAACAGGAGGUCAAGGCCAGUCGUGGUCGUCUGCAGUGACGGAGCCAGGCUUUCCGGUCUGUUUGUGACAUGCGCAGUGGUGUGCGAGAAAAUGCGAGAAGAGAAGGAGGUGGAUUUGUACCACACCGUCAAACACAUCAAGCGCAGGAGGCCUCAGAUCAUUUCAGAUUUUGACCAGUACAGGUUUCUGCAUCAAGUCUUGUGGGAAUUUAUGCUCAAGUCUGGUCUGUCGUCUGAGGGCAGGAUGUCCGGGGACUUUACACAUGUCGAGCCUCAGGACUAUAGUGAAGAAGAGAACGACGAGCAAGUGGAGGCGGGGCUUGGGCGAUUCGAUGACGACACGGAGACGACGGAGGUGUUCUAUGACCAGGAGCAGAACCCAGAGCACCCCGGGCUGGGGGAGCCCGACCUAGAGGAGCCCGACCUAGAGGAGCCCGACCUAAGGGAACCCGAGUUGUACCAGAAUUCCAUGCGCGCGUUUCGUUCAUUCAUCGAGAAGGAGCCAGAUGAGGCGGAACCGUUGGACGGCCAGAUGGACGGCGAGAUGGACGGCGAGCUAGACGGCCAGCUGGACGGCCAGCUAGAAGACCCACUGGAGGUGGAUGAGUUCUGCUCUUAUUUCCCCCGCCGGUCGCAAAAGUACCGGAUGUCAAACCCUAGGGACGAAGACGAAGAGCUGGAUGAUCUAUUUGAAGAGAAGUACCUAACGCUGCUGGACGCCAUCCGGCCCAGGGGCGACUCCAAAACGAGGCAGUUCUACGAGAUGAACAAGGAGCUGUACCGGAGGAAUCAGCGUAAACCGAGGUCGCGACGAGCGUCCUUGUCGUCCGGGAGGAGGUCGAGCGACGAGGUCAAGGUCAACUUGAACUCCAAGAUCCGAGAUCGGGACUCCCCCAGGGGUACGGUGGAGCUGGCCCCGGUGUACAGCUCAACGCCCGUCUCCCCCAGCAGCCGACACUCGUCACGGUGGGCGGGGCUGAAGGAACAGGUCAGCCGGCCGCAGAGGGCGGCGUUCAACUCCAACCGGGAGUCGAAAUCAGACGGGGAGAUGAUGUCGCCGAGGAGGAGAUCGGUGAGAAAGAAAUCGUUCAUGUCGAGAGAAGACAUUUUGAGCCUGCUGGCGAGGGAGGGGUUUGGGAGCAGGAGGGGCUCAAAGUCUCGCGCCGCCAGCCAGAGGGCGACGCCCCGCGGAUCGAAACAGCUAGAACGGCCGUCACUGGAAGAGGCCUGGCUCAACGCGUCCCAACCUGCUCGGGCGAAGCGGAGUUUCGACGCGGGCAGUCCGAGGAUCGAGUCUCACCCGAGGAUCGAGUCCCACCCGAGGAUCGAAUCCCACCCGAGGAUCGAGUCCCACCCGAGGGUCGAGUCCCACCCGAGGGUCGAGUCCCACCCGAGGAUCGAGUCCCGACCGAGGAUCGAAUCCCACCCGAGGAUCGAAUCCCACCCGAGGAUCGAGUCCCACCCGAGGAUCGAGUCCCGACCGAGGAUCGAAUCCCACCCGAGGAUCGAGUCCAUCCCGGAUGAAGUUGAAGACGACGGCGACGAUUAUGUCCAGGAAGUGAAGCGGCGCAGCAGUUCGGUGAGCAGAAAAAAUUCGAACACGUUUUCACCUUCCGGUCCAAGCGUGCCCGGCAUGCAGGGUGAAGGUCACGCGGGCAGACAGACCCCGGCCGCCAGAACCAGCCAGGGCAUCCUGUCCGGCAAAAGUUUCUCGGCGUCUGGCCUUGACCCCAACAACGGUUUUCAGCCGAGAGGUCAGAAAGGUCUUCGAAGGUCACGCGUGUCUUUCGACACCGAGAACAAGAGGGUGUGGUCAAGAGGUCAGUCCCCAAAACCAAGCAGGAUACAAAUAUCCAGCACGCUACAUGGGCAGAAGAGUCCAUUUUUCGAAGAAGUACCGGAAGUAAAGGAUCAGUCAGGUCCGAAUUCCAGAACAGCCAUCAACAGGCAGCGGUCAGCGUCCAGCUCACGAGCGAUUAGAAGGGAGGAUAACUCGGUGUACGGCAUUGAAGCGGGAAGCUACUCCGAUAGAAGGAUCUCGCAGGAAGGACGACGCAAAGAGAGUUUGGUGUUCAAGGACACGGCAACCGAGGUCUUUGAGUCGGGAUUGGACGAGAGGAGGAAGGAGGGCGGGGCAUCUUUGAUGAAGCAGAAGUCUUCGACCCAGAAACUGUCAUCGCCAGACAAGACAAAGUCACCGGGCUCGAAGUCGCCGAGGUAUUUGGAGAUUCCCCUAGAGUACCAGGAGCUUCUGGGUGGUAUCCCUCGUCGUAGGCAGCAGCAGCAGCCGUCAGCACAGGACUCGAGACACGGUCAAGGUGACAACUCACCUCCCUUUGUUUACACCGGUAUGAUGAGAGAGUUAUCUGUCCAUGAUGACGACAGACAGCCCAACGAAAAGCUGUCCCCCACGCGAUCCGUCACCACACAGCCGAAAACCCCCACACCCAUCCGGUCGGCGUCAUCCAACUUACGGCCCCAGACACGGGACGGUGGGUGGCGGUCGCCGCCCAAAUGUCCACCGGUGGGUUCAAUGACCUCCAGCCCGCCUGGCUCCCCCAGGAGAGAGUCGUACAGGCCGAGCUCACCCAUGAGGAACCAGAGGCUGACCGCGUGCACCCCACUGCAUGACCCGUGUGCUACAAGCGGCGAUGGUCACCCACUGGUCAGUCGGCCGGACAUCAGAGCUGGGGGUCAGCCUGAGCCACGUGACGGUUCGGACAACAGCACCACAGCCAACUCGUUUGACGACAGCAGCACCUCGGAGUAUGACGUCUGCCUCAUGUAGAUGGGGGUGGGGGAAGGGGGGGUUUGUUCACUUGUCUCAUUUAGCCCGGUCACGUGAUUAGUAAGGCAGACUAUGUGAAAGUGGUGUGUGCGGGUGUGUAUGUUGAGAGUGUAUGUAAGUGUAUGUAAAUGUGUACUUUUGAUUACGUGCCCGUGAGAGAAAGUUGUGUAAUUCACAUGAUUUUCAAAAUUUUGAUUUUAAAAAAAAUUAAAAUCUUGG